UUACGCUCAACAGUCCUAAAAUGAGUAAGCUCUGAGGCUGAGAUUGCAACUAUGACAGAACACAAUACACUUACCUUCUGCUUGUAUGGGAGAAGGUGAGAAGGGAGCACUAAUUACAGCCCAUUGAACACAGUGCCGCUUAAAGACGGCAAGCACUGUAAAAGUUAAACGCGAUACCAUGAAAAAAAAUAACCAGGUUCCAGGAUUACGCCGGAGAAACGCCUCUGGCAGUGCAUAAACAAACUAGGGUAACUAACAGACGUAAACAUUGCUCAAGGUCCGGUACGAAACGAAAGCUACCUCUGACCUACUGCUGAUAACAAUAAGCGGCUCAAGGAGGCAGCUCUGCGACCAAAUCCAGAAACCGGUCCGUCACAUGACCGCGCAUAUCGGACUUUAUUUCCGCGUUCACCGGGACCGGCCAGCGCUGCGAGACACUCUAACCCACAUACUUGUGCUCCGCUCCGCCGCCGUAACGUCGCCGCACUGGGGGGAAAUCUGGGGAAGGGGAGCCGGGCAGUCCGUCGCUCAGAUCCACGCUGCAGCAGUAAUAUGAUCACACGGGUGAAAUCUGCGGUUGCCAAUUUCAUGGGAGGCAUCAUGGCUGGUAGCUCUAAUGGUGAUCACCUCGGUGGCUCCGACUUACCGUUGAGAUUCCCGUACAUGAGACCGGAGUUUCUCGGACUGUCGCCGGACGAGAUAGAGUGCUCCGCGGAUCACAUAGCACGGCCCAUCCUCAUCCUGAAGGAGACGAAGAGCCUGCCAUGGUCCACGGGCUACGCCGAGGUCAUCAAUGCAGGGAAGAGCACCCUGAAUGAGGACCAGGCCUGUUGCGAGGUGGUGGUGGUCAAGAGAAAGCCAGGCGUGUCCAACACUCCCAGCAAGACGCCCACUUCUAAAAGGAGGUCCUCACUGCCUAACGGAGAGGGUUUAGGGCUGAAGGAGAACUCUGAGUCCGAAGGACUGGUUUUCCACUACUGGGCACUGUUCGAUGGGCACGCCGGGUCGGGCGCGGCUGUGGUGGCAGCCCGGCUGCUUCAGAACCACAUCACCGAGCAACUGCGGGACGUGCUGGACAUCCUACGGAAUUCGGCCCAGCCCCCACCCACCUGCCUGGGUGAGGAACCCCCCAAUUGCACGGCGAGCUCCCACCGCACCCUCACCCGCGCGGCCUCGCUCCGGGGGGCCGCUGGGGCCCCUGGCUCGCCCAACACCCCGCCCACUCGCUUCUUCACCGAGAAGAAAGUCCAGCACGAGAGCCUGGUCAUCGGAGCCAUUGAAAACGCCUUCAGGGAGAUGGACACGCAGAUCGAGAGGGAGAAGGCCAUCUACAACAUCUCUGGUGGCUGCACGGCGCUGGCCGUGAUCUUUCUGCUGGGCAAACUCUACGUGGGCAAUGCUGGAGACAGCAGGGCCAUCAUCAUCCGUGGCGGAGAGAUAAUCCUGAUGUCCACAGAGUUCACGCCCGAAUCGGAGAGACAGAGGCUGCAGUUUCUGGCCUACAUGCAGCCCCACUUGCUUGGCAACGAGUUCACACACCUGGAGUUUCCCCGACGGGUGCAGAGGAAGGAGAUUGGCAAGAGGAUGUUGUACCGGGACUUCACCAUGAACGGGUGGGCGUACAAAACCAUCGAUGACGAUGACCUGAAGUUCCCCUUAAUAUAUGGAGAAGGCAAGAAGGCCCGUGUGAUGGCCACCAUCGGUGUCACCAGAGGCCUUGGAGACCAUGAGCUCAAGGUUCACGAUUCUAACAUCUACAUCAAGCCCUUCCUCUCCUGCUGCCCAGAGGUGAAAGUGUAUCCAUUGACACAAUAUGAGCAUGGAGCUGACGAUGUCCUGGUAUUGGGCACAGAUGGCCUGUGGGAUGUGCUCUCCAAUGAGGAAGUAGCAGAAGCAGUCACCAGCUUCCUGGCCAACUGCGACCCGGAUGACCAACACAGGUACACAAUGGCUGCCCAGGACCUAGUCAUGAGGGCCCGAGGAGUGCUAAAGGACAGGGGCUGGAGAAUCUCAAAUGACAGACUUGGGUCUGGAGACGACAUCUCAGUAUACAUUAUCCCCCUCUCUUAUGGGAACCAGAAUCAGUAGAUGUGGAUAAGGAAUCCCACGCCACCCCUUCCCUGAACCUGAAACUCCCCUUGCACACCUCUCAGUGCUCUACUGUAAGUGAUAAUCAUGUUGACUCUGAAAACCCAAACCUUCCACCGUCAUCCAUAAGGUCACGUGCUUGAAGACUCAUCCAGGUUGUCAGAAUGUGUGUAUCAAUGUACUUCAUUUGCAAAUGGAAGAUCUCAGGAUUUCCAGAUGUCUUCAUUGUGUGACCAUCGUACGCACAAGUAGACCAGCAGUGGCCAAUGCUGUGGGAUUUCCAAUCCCCAAUACUACAAAGAAACCAUGGAUGAGUUCUAGAGGUACUGCUAAUCAAAUCUAAUUUUAAUCGUUAGCUCGCUUCAGAGCCAGUUAAGAAUUCUUGCAGCUGUUCUCAUGUUGAAAGGGGGGUUCCUCUUAAGGUUAGUAACGUUAUGAUGCACUAAGACAAUGAUGAAGGGGACGAGAUGGGGUUUGGGAAUCCUAGAAAGCUGAACAAGUUGAAAUGGCAUGUAGUUCAGUUUUUAUAUUUUGAUACUCACCAGUUUAUUGCUUAUUUUGUAAAACAAACGUGUUGAUAUGUCACUUUGGAAACGCUUGGCACGAAGCUUUACCUCGUCUGGCUCGGUGAACGAAGGCGUCUGACAUACAGUAUAAAUGAUGCAUGAAAUGAUCCCGGAUAGGAAGAGCCGACUCCUUGUGCAUCGUUUCUGACAACAGUCAAGUGUAAACGUCUCUAUGACUCCAGUUGUCCACACGCAGAAUUUAGCUUUGUUAAUCCAGGGCUUUUCUGAAGGUGAAGAACCCUGCCCACUUUGCUCUUCAGUCCUGAAAGGUCAGCUCUGUCGAGUUUCAUCCAAUGCUGGGGAGUCACAGGUCCACAUAACGUGAGAGGACACAUUAAGAAAGGGAAUGGGCAUGGCCACCACCUGCUUCUUCUUUGUGCGUCAUUUUAUUUUUUAAUGGUUUUCCCACAAUGGUAUGCAACACAUGUUGGACUGGAAAUGACCAGUCUGGCCAUUUUCUUGAUACAACAUUCAGAAAACAUAAGGUUUUCUCUAACACAAUCUUGUUAUUGUAUUGUCAAAAUACAGUACCAGUCAAAAGUUUGGACACGGUAAUCCGCCUACAAAGGAGCGUGAUACGGUUUUGCAUCACGUGAUCUGGCCACCUGACAUAAAGACAGUAGAAAUGGUUUUGGAGGAGUUUGACCUGAGAAUGAAGGAAAAGCUGCCAAUCAGUGUUUAUAUGGGGGAACUCCUUCAAGGGAGUAGGAAAAGCAUCCCAGAAGGCCACUUCAUGGAAGUGGAGGAGAAAAAUAGGACCAGCCAGUCCCUGGAGCAGUUGGGGUUAAGGGUCUUGCUCAAGGGCUAAAUGGUGGGAUCAGACUGCUGACCUAGAGAUUGGAACUGGCAACCUUCUGAGUGCCAACCCACAGGACUGUCCCCCUCCCAUUUUUUUUUUGUUUAAUACUUUGUCAGUAAAUAGUUCCAUAUACAGUCAGUGCUGCUGCAACGCGUGAUGUCAUAUCACAAAUCUAUUCUAACGCCACUGAUAUAUUAGAACACAAGUCCAAUGAAAUGGCAUUUGCGUGUUUUUCCGUUGGAGAGAAAAGCACUACACAAACUACAAUUUGAUAUGGUCUUAGCAAGAAACACUAAUUACAUGCAAAAAUGGCUUAAAUGAUAUUAAAUGAUAGUAAUGUCCAAUUCACGAACAGAUCAUUCUUGUGGUUCUUCUCAGUGAAUCUGUCGAACCGGUUUUCAAAUUUAAAAUAAUCUGUUUGUACGUCCAUGCAUUGCACAAGUAUUAGUUGCAUUUGUCGUAUUGUAGCAGGACUGACUAAGGUUAUUUUGUAGUUCUGAUGCCUUUAUUCUAAAAUGUAGAGAAUAAUACAAAUAAAUCUAUGGAUAGGUGUGUCCAAACUUUUGACUGGUCCUUUAUGUCUUAAAUGGUUGUUUUGGAGUCAAACAUACAGUAGUUGAUACAUUCAAGCUGAGAGUUCACAGUUGGAUAUGCAUUUGAUAUUAGCUAUCAAAAAAAAAAAAAACUCCAGUCUGUUCUGAUGUGGUUUUUCCACAAGUAUCGUCUUCCGGUUUCCCGUCGGAGGUUCUUCGGAGUUACAGAAGUUAGGGAAAUAAAGUGGCAUGUUUUAGAGGUAAUGGUGGAAAAAUGGCUGGUCCCUAGAAGAGUUCUGGGCAGAUGAUCAAAUAAUUUAAUCAGAAUCCUCUUCCAAUAUUUGUGAACAGAGUUUUGUUCAUUAUUUAAAUCACAAGAGGCGCCGAAGAUAAAUCCUGAAUUAUUGAAUUCUCUGAACUCCCUUGCAUCUACCUCACAUCUUUUAUUCAUUCUUUUUUCCCCCUCAGCCCAAAAAAUGAAAUUAUAGGUUGUUAGGCCAAAGCCUACAAUCGAAACUUUAUCAAUCUAGCUGUAAAAAUUGGUUAUAGGUGCAAGUCGCCUUGAAGUGAGCCUGCAGGCACUUCAGACACAUGGAAUUUUUUAUAUCUUCUGGAAUGUUCAUAGAUCAAUACUGAAAAUGGAACACAUCAAGGCACGUUGCCUAUCCCGCUUAUGUAGCUAGAACCUACGGACCACUAAAUUUCCUUGUUUAAUAGGUUUUAAGAAAUAUGUGCUAACUUUGUUGCAUGGUCGUUCCCCUCACUAAGGGAGGUGGUAGAGCUGAGGCAAAAUCCGUCCUGUUUGGUAAAUUUUGGGACAUUUCCUACAGCCGUUAACUCCACAGUACGGUUCUCCACGCUAAGCUGGUGACUGAGCCAAAUGAAUAAAUUGUACUAGUGGCCCUACUGCUGUUUGCUUCUAGUCAGACUGAAAAGCUCAGCCUGUAUCCUACGCACACCACCAUUUUCAUUAGCCUACAGCCAGCUGAACGCGUACUGCAAGUCAGACCUGAAAAAACCCAAAGUAUUAAAUCAAGGUUGAACGUGUUUUGAAUUGUACCUCAUCUUUAAAAAAAAGUUUAAGAAGUUGACAGUUAAGUUAUGAAAGAAAAAAAAAACUCAGGAUUGUAUGGAAAUAGUUUUAAAAUAGAGAUUUUAUAUUAACAAAAAAAAAACUCUUCAAGCCAUGAG